AUGCGCGCCGUGGGAGCCACACUCGAGUCGUUCAAUCGUCUUGGCAAUUCUUCUCGUGACCGGGCGGCCCGCAUCUUGAUCCUAUGGAACCUUCUACGCGUUGACUUCGAAAAUGCUGUUGCGGAAGCAGCUAACAAUGGCAACAAUAACAAAACGACCGAUAACGAGGCCAUUGACGACGUUUGCAUCUUACAAAACUCCUUCACGACUUUCGCCUUGAAGUAUACCGAGCGCGCCAUGCUCACCGUCGCCCUCGACCUUGAACUCGCCGACGAACUCACCCGCCUCAAUGAAAACAAUCCCUCUGAGACCCUUCACCGUCUUUCGGCCAACCUCAAGCGCUGGUCUCUUUCCCAGAGUGUCUUCGUCUUUCUUUUCGGUAUCGAGGUCGCACAAAGCCGUGUCGCCCAGGAAGCCCUCAAGGCCCUCCACAAACACUCUCCAUAUUGCGACAUCACUAAGCUCUUCAGCGCCUUUGAGGCAGUCUCCGACGUCAAAACAGUUCGCGGCAAAGCCAAUACGAAGCAUAGAAAGCCUGUUGACCGCUUCAAAGAGGCAAUUGGGACUCGUGAGUCCCGCCGCACCCUCCUUCGCUUUGUAUUCCCACCUCCCCGCCUGGUCAAGCCACGUAUGCUGACUCGGUUUCAAUGUGUUCAACGCCUAGUCUGCUCUACCGCCUGGCCCAAUAAGACCACGGAUGCAAACAAGAAAUCUGCCAAAGCCACCAACAGUUGCAAAGUCGCCAACGAGACUCUUGCCGACGACAAUGUUGAUGGUGAUAACGACGACGAUAACUCCGACUACCAGUUGGUCGACGAUCUUCCUUCUCACAGUGGCGUCGACGACUCCAGUGAUGAGGGGGACACGAGCAGCCCGAUGCAUUUUCCCGGCCCCACUCACAAUACCGACCUGGCUGUGUCUCCUUCAAGCACACGUGAAUCUCCAGGCCUGUUGACCAUCUCGAAGGGGUCUACAAGCUUGGAACGAGAACCAAACACGCCAAAUCCCGUCCGGAAUGCACCAUCUUCCACUCCGUCUAUGGCUACCCAUGACCGUUCUGCCGCAGGUGAUCUUCAAAGGCUCGGCCCUAUCGACAAGCAAAACGUCAAUGACCGCAAGCGCCGCUGCUCAACACAUUUGGAUACCCGACCUGGCCACAAACGCCCCUGUCUCUUGACGUGUCAUCCUCUUGACUCCAACGAUAGGCUUACUUCUACCAAACCACUUACACUGGACGAAGCACCAACGCCAGAGCAUCCCCGGUCGCAGCAGCUUCCGCAACAGGUCUCCCUGGACGAUUCGUCUUUUGAGCAAACGUCUGACAUCCAGUCGCCAAAGGACGCCAGUCUUGUCAAACCCGUGAACGAACUCCCGCCUGUCCCAACGGAUUGCCGAGUGUUGCUGUUUUCAUCCUCCGACUGGUCCUGCAAUUCGCUGCGCCUCGACCAGAGCCUCAUUACACCACAAAGAGCAACCAAUGUUGACGGAAUGGAGACCCAGACUCGGACCGCGUCGUUUAUCGACAGCGCGGCGUGGACCUCAGGCGACUGCCUAAUGAAAUGUCUUGCCAUGAUCACGAGCUCGUCAGAACUGCAGCCUGGGCGGCCGGGUUGGCUGCUGGUAGACUCAUCCGUUACUGAGGACGGCAGCAAGGCGAACAAACAACUCUUCCGGCUCAUAGCGCGGUCUAGUACCAAUCUCAUUUUGCCCCUGUUUUUGAACAAAAACCAUUGGGCACUUGGAAUUAUGCGACGCGAUAGGCCUGUAUCGAUUGAGGUCGACUUUUACGACUCGUUGAGCAUGAAAGCACAUGAUGAGGCUGCCAGAGAGCAGCUUGAUGGAUUCUGCUGUAAGUACCUAUCCGGAUCCACACGCCUCUCCGGCUACGUCGCCAGUAUCCCCUGCGCCCAGCAGAGCAACGGUAACGACUGCGGUGUCUAUGUUAUCGCAUUUGCGGCAUACGUCGUUACGCAGUGCACUGUCAUAUCUAUCGACCCAAGGCUUUGGCGUUUCAUCGUUCGGAUCAUGACUGAUCUCGGCGAUUCUCCGCCGCCGCCCAACAGGCGACAGGCAGUCAAGGAGCAUCUACGACAGUCGUUCCAUGCCGAAUUCGUCGAUCAUGACCUAUUGGCCCUACCGCGCGUUCCCGUUCAGCCACCUGUGUUCACGCCCACCACCGCCAACAUACUUGAGUUCGAAGAAUACAUUGCCCUCGUAUUGGCUUACCAGAGCCGCUUCCAUGCAGAAACAAUUCGGGCCGCUAAGUCUCGCCUCCCGGUGUGGACGUCGGCGCAUCAGCAACUUAUACGAACGAGGGCCGUUUUAGAGAAAAUGGCCAAUAUGGCAACCAUGGGUUUGGAGGCUGCGCGGUCCUACGCGCGGCAGAAGGAAGAGGACUGCAAGUGGUCUCAAACCCUCGAGGGUGUAGAUCAGGAGACACUGCGAAAGGUUGCGCUAGCUGAGGAAGCGCUAGAGCGCGCGCAGUCACGCUCCAGUAAGCUACAGGUGUACGUGGAGACAUGGGAGUUCCUGGUCGAUAUCACCGAGGAGGCUCGUCGAACCUUGGAGGAGCGUUUGAAAAUCGCACAAUCUUGA